UUGUAUUCGGAUAACGGAACGAAUUUUAAGGGUGCCGCUUCGUACCUUCGCGAUCUCUAUAAAUUUUUAAACGUUGAAUAUCGCCCAAAGAUCGAGCAGGAGUGCGCCGAAAGUCGCAUUAUAUGGAAGUUCAUCUGUCCCAACUCCCCUCAUUUUGGAGGCGCAUGGGAGAGUAUGGUCAAGGUCGUGAAAGCACAUCUGUUCCGAGUUAUCGGUCAUCAGUUACUUUCAUACGAAGAACUUAAUACUAUUCUUUCGCAAAUUGAAUGCUUACUAAACUCGCGGCCCUUGACAGUAUUAAGUUCUGAUCCCGCGGAGCCCUCGGCCCUUACACCGAGUCAUUUUUUGAAUACCGCGCCUUUAUUGUCAUUACCUGCGGCUGAAGUUAAAUCUGACAGUCUGUUACACAGACAUUCUCUACUGGAUAAAUUAGUCCAGUCGUUUUGGGAUCGGUGGAGGAUGGAUUACCUUCAUGGAUUACAAGUUCGUCAGAAGUGGAACACUUCGUCUACGCCUAUCGCAUCAGGCACGGUUGUAGUUGUGAUUAACGAUAACGCACCGCCCCUUGCUUGGCCAUUAGCUAUUGUUGAGUCUGUUCAUCCUUCGAAAGAUGGUGUAGCUCGAGUAGUAACCGUGAGAACUUCUAAGGGAACCUACCUCCGUCCGGUUGUUCGUAUUUGUCCUCUCCCAAAACAAUAA